AUGCUGAUUUUUGCGAAUUUAUGUAAAGACGUUGAGUUUGAAGUACAGAAUGUGAACGGAAGAGUGUUUUUGAACGGAAUGGUGGAGGGAGUGGGAUUCAGAGGAGUUGAGAGGAAUUCGCCAUGCAACUUUUGGGUUGUUAAGGCAGGCAAUGGAGAGAUUGAUAUGAAGAGCGCAGUGCAAGCGAGAAUGGUUUCUGUUGAGACGGUGUAUGAAAGCGGAGCAGUGAGUAGGGAAGCUGGAAUUGACGAGCUGUACAUGUCUUUUGGAAACAAGAGGAUGAUGGAUUAUGUCAAAAGAAAGAUCAUUGACCGAAGCAAUGGAACGUUUGUGAGAUCUAAGAUUCAGGCAAAGAUACAAAUUCUACCGCCAAUAAAUGAAAAUGCAAAGGAUGUAGAGGAAUAUUUUGUGCUUGAAAGGAUGUUUCCGACGAGUGUUCUUGAUGAGUUUUCGAAGAUUAAUCUCGGAUCUGUGGAACUACAUGCAGAUCUUGAGACAUUUAAGCAAGAUAUAGGGAUGAAGAUACACUUUUUGCUGGCUGAUUGUAUUAUGAAGGUGCUAGAGAAGAAGUAUGUAACAAGAGAUUGCCUGAGCGACUCUGAGUAUUCGAGUUUUUUUGAUGUGAUCAAGAAUGAGAUUGAAGAGAUGAGGCUGACGCCUCUGUGCAGAGAUCGACUUGCAGUUCUUUGCUAUAUUCUAUUGUUUCAGAUUGAAGGGUUUUGUGUGCACUAUGACAUGCUACCGAAGUUUGGGUUUGGGAAGGAAAAGGUAGUGAGUAUACUUAAGCUGAUAGGGUGCGAAUAUUUGAAAGCUAAAGAGAUGUAUUCAAUGACCAAGAAGCCCAAGAGACUGGGAUAG